GCACAAGCCCAUGUCGUCUGUGGCUGGCCCCCAACAAACCACAGCCCGCUGCUCGGGGCUGUGCCUGUCCGUCUGAGCUGGUGAAUGCCCGCUCCAACAGCCUCCUGUCCAGCAUCUGUCUGCAUCUGCCUGCACCUGCAGCCCGCCUGUGCCCGCACCUUCGCCCGCAUCUGCGUCUACGCCUGCAUCUGCGUCAUGUCGGCCCCGCCUCCCGCACUCGAUCCCGCCAACGUCCAGUGGCUGCUUCACUAUGGCCGUCGGUCGAUUCUUCCCCGCUGCGUCAACUCCACCAACAUCAAGACCAUGACCUUCCCCGACAACCUGGGCGACAUCCUGUACGCAAGCAACCGCUGCAUGCCUCGGGCAUGGAUCGACAACCGCACGGCCACCAGCUACGCCUAUCUUUCUGUCGUUCCCGCCGCCGGUCGCAUCUAUCUCAGCGACUGCGGCCGGAACUCAUCCUGUCGGGCAGGAUGCACCGUCGCCGCUCAGUUCUCCACACACACCUUGGAUCCGUGCACAGCCAGCUUCUUCACAGGGGCCUACAGCAACAGUGACUAUCUCUCGACCGACCUGUGGGACCCAAACUUCAACACACCGUAUUUCGCAUACAUUACAAGGAGCUUUGGCGACUCGACCUGUGCCAACGUCAGCCUUGCUAUUCGGAACCCCAUCUACCAGAACUGCACCAAGAUGCCGGACGGGAGCUACAGCGUCUACUCCAACACCGAGACUCCCGGACUGGUCUUUUGGAGUCGCAGCAGCGAUGCAAACUGUUCAACCAACACCGGCGGCAUAUCCAGAUUCACCAUCAACACCCGCUGCAGCUCCAGCCAAAGUUCUGGCCUUCUUGUUGGUGGAUACGAGCAGGGCCCGCUUCUCAACGUUCCAAGCCUCAACCUUUCGGCCCGCAUGCCUGCGUCACGACCACGGCCACUCCCGCCGCCAUCAUACCCGUCGGGAUACUCACCUCCGAUCGGCCUCAUGGUUGGGCUUGUUGUCGGGCCGCUGCUUCUCUCCGUCGUCAUCUUCACCAUUCGCAAGUUUUCAAGUCUUGGCGCUCAAAGCGCUUUCAACUUCCAGCAGUCUAAUUUUGGUCCAAUGGUCAUCGAUACCCUCCCACGCUACACGCAGCAAGGAUCAACUUCAGAAACCGAGCCGCCUCCGCCCGCAAGACCGUCACCGCCGCCAUACGCAAUGGACGCCGACAGCAUACCCGCUGCUUCGUAUGAGCUUUCCGACGUUCGGAGACAGCAGCAACCCGCAUCACCUGCACUUGACGGCGAGCCGCCAAGCUACGGCAUGCUGUAUUCUAGUGAAGAUGGAACUGUCGCCGAGCCACCUGCUUCACCAACCGGAUCGACGGACAAUAUCCUGCGGCCGGCAGGCGACCGCAAGUCGGCGAAUGGCUAGCCUCAAUGCAACCGUUGGUUUGGGCCAGCCCGUUUGUUAUCCAGGCGCAAAGGGUCUGCGACUACUGCGCUGGCUGUCAGAAAAAUACAGAGCACGCCGGAGCGGAUGAUGCCCCGGCGCUUCCCCGUGGGGAUGAUGGACAGAG